AUGUCCAAUGAAAGCACCGUGUCAGCCAACACCUCAAUGCGUCUAGAAGAAACUCAAGAACAGUCGAACAAAGUUCAAGAGGAAGUGCGGGGCGGUCUGGUUAUGAUCACUGAUUGGCCUCUCUUGGGUAAGGCACCCAAAAAAACUCUGCUCCUCAACAGCCAUAAAGAUGAAGCACCGACGAUGGUGCCAAAUCAUGUAGACGUGUCUCCUGUGGACAUGGCAAACUGGCAAAAGUUCUCCAUCCUGAUGUCGGAGCCCAAAUAUACCGACGAAACCUGGCUGGUGGAACUGAGGGAUUCAAUCAUGACCUUAGGAGACGACGUGAAGCAAAAGGCCAAGGAUACUAUGGGCAGUCUCUCGUGGGCUCGACUCGUAUUUUUGAAUGUACAGCAUCAUGAAAAUCGAUUUCUGGUCGGGACCAGGGUGAUGGAUAUCGAUAUAUCUACAUGGGAUCUCUUUCCCAUGAGAUUAACGAAUGCUUCUCUAAUAAGUUGUAGUGCAAUAAUUGUGGCGACAGUAGAGUGCCUUCUUACCAUGAAAGCCUGUUCAUUUGUAGAAUGGAACCGUAAACGAAAACGGUCACAUACACCCAUCCAGCAAGACUCUCCGCUGCCUCCCAAGUCACCGCUCAUCAACGAUGUUCCAGGACAAACAUCGACGUCGCCUGGCAUCACUCAACAGAGCAAUCCUGCUCUUGACGAACCUCUGUCAUCAGUGUUACGAACACAGGUUUCGGACUUAGACCCUGCUAUGAACACUGCUGCGGACAAUCCUGCCAAGGACGACUUUCUCCAAGCCGAACAGGCGGCGUUGCAGUAUUAUGAGCUUGAACAAUGCAAAGAGGAGACUGGUGUAUUGAGAGAGCUUGUAGACAAGGCGAUAAGUAAUCAGUUGGAUCACAUUGCACAUCUACAUAAUGUCUUAUUACAGCACAAGAUACAGCUGACUAGUCUACAGGACUUACAACUUCGAUACCUACAGCGUCUCAACACGAUAUUACACAAGCCUGCUUCAGCAUUUAAUAUCGUUAGAUAUUGUAGCACAUCCCUCAUCUUGGGCCUUAAAGCAGGCGCCUCAUUCCAACACCUAUUCAACAGCACCCUUAAAGCUCUGCAAUCAAGCAUACUCGAGCCUUUUGAUGGCUUUACCCCUGCCAUUAUAUCAAACAUCUAUGUUCCCACGCUUGAAGCGAACAAUCGCCUUGCCAGUCUGGGUCGCAUCUCGUCAGCUGUAUCCGCUUCCUGUCACCCAAUCUCCUCUACGCCAAGUAUUAAGCUGCUCAAUCUGUUCACCAACUCCACCAACGGACCGUCCCUACCCUGUAACUCCGGCUAA